AUGCCUCGUCAUCGUAAAUUAGUAUCGGAUAGUGACCGCUCAGUUAUUCGAUUACUUGAUAGAAAUAUUCAAACACGUGAAAAUCGACCGUCAACAAAUACAGCUGUUCGAAUACGUACAGCAGAUAUUCUAGGUUCAAAUGAAUAUUGUGAAUUAGAAAAGCAUAACAAACAUUUAUCACCUAGAAUAACUAAUUUAAGAGCUGCUUGA